CGUGGUUCGUGGGCGACGCAAAGCCACGGCCUGUGCGAGCCGAUCGGUCAAACCCCUCUGCCAAGCGGGCACGCUUCUCCGCUUGGAAGUGCCUUCGGAAAUCCCCCAGACGAGGCCUCACAACCAGAAUUCGCCAUGAAGGUACAGAUUGCUGCAGAGGACGGCGGGUGCAAGAUUCAGCUGGUCCAAGGCAAGACCAUGUUUUGCCGUUUGCCAUUAAGAUAGAUCUGGAUGAUCUGUUGAACGCUUUUCUCGCCGACAAGUCCCUUCUCACCACCCGGCCGACGUCCAAACCAGCGACGGCCACCACGGUCAAACAGUCCGUUGACGCUGCCAAGGAUAUUUCUUCCUUGUCCUCCCAACGGAACAAAAAAAAACACAGCCAGCACGCGUCGCGUUGGAGUGGCUGAGAGUGAACAGAAGCCAAAGGUUUCCGCAAGCCUUCCUGCAACACAGACAGAAGCUCCCAAAAGCCUUGCAAGGCCCCGGCAAGAAAACGAAGACUUCAAGAAACAGCGAGCAGACCGCAAGGACAAAGAAGGUCCAGAAAAGAAAGACGUCUUUGUCCUUGACUCGCAGGAGAAGGAGCAAGGCUCAAAGGCCCAGGGAGCUGAAGCCAAGACGGCGGACGAUAAGACCGACAAGAAGCGCUCAGAGGCCUUCCAGGAAGGCACCGAACCCUUCGGGAUGAGCCGACGUGCAAAGGAAGUUGGUCGGCACCGAGAAGGUGAAGGCCAACUUUUAGUGUCAACGAACACCGAUGGCAAAGACAACGAGGAGCCUGAAGAGGAUGCUUUUCGAUCAGACCAUAUUCCGCCUUCGAGAGUUGGUGUUCAUCCGCACAAGUGUCCUGUACAAUAACCGUACUAUAGCUUGCAGCGGACGGCAGUCAUUGAAUGCGGCGGAUGCUAACGACAAGGGUAUGGGAAGAGAAAAAACACUAUAUAUAUAUAUCAUCCAUGCAGGCGUCCAAUCCGACUCUGGCUCAUUGUUGGAAUGGACACAAGCAUGCUCUUGGAUGAAAAGCUUCUGAGACCUUCUCUUGAUUGCACAUACGAAGGUUCCUGGCGCUCCGCCAAGGGUGAGUGUGCAAUCUUCACAGAUCCUCGCAUCAAUCGGCUCACCUAUGAGGAGUCCUUGUCCGAUCAAGAUGCGAGGCUGCAUGGUUGGUUGGAGCCCUACGAGGACGAGCAAGGUGAUGGCGUAAUUGCCUGCUGGGUUGCCGUGCUUCACCUUCUUGGCGAAGACGAGCUGCCUUGGUACGGUCCUUCCUUUGGCGAGGAACCUGAGGCACUGGGCCAAAUAAAGGUCGAGCUGCUCCCAGGGCAAAAGAUGCAAACGAGCAUCCGAAUUGAAGACGAGGACGAGGAUUGGCAAUCGCCGACGUGCUUCACUCGCCGUACCGAUGAAGAGAUUCAGGCAGCAGCUGCAGCGGCCUCUCUUGCUGCUGCAGGUGGGGCCUUCGUCUUUGGUGCAAAGUGAGGGUUGCAGAUGCUGCUCUAUGAGCAGAGCUCUGACGGGCAGUGCUUCGCUCAAGUGUAUUCCCGAGAGAAGAUAUUCCAAGC